GAGACGUCACUGAAGCCUCCGCCUCCACUGUUUCUGUAUAUUACACACUGAAAGGCUGAGGGCUGCACACUUCAAAGUGAGCAAAGUGACACGAAGAUGGUUAAGUACCUCGCCAGCGUGGAGGAAUACCAAUGCGCUCUGAAAGAUGCUGGUGAGAAGCUUGUGGUAAUAGAUUUUACUGCAAAAUGGUGUGGCCCGUGCCAAAGAAUUGCCCCAGAUUUUGAAAAGCUAAGCACUGAGUUUCCUGAUAUUGUGCUGUACAAAGUGGAUGUGGAUGAUGCAUCAGAUGUAGCUCAAGUCUGUGGAAUUAGCUCCAUGCCAACAUUCAUUUUCUUCAAGUCUGGCAAACAGGUGGAGCGGUUCAGUGGUGCUGAUAUAAAGAAACUGAAAGAAACAAUCAAAAGGUUAUGCUGAAUCAUCAUUGCUUACAAAAUCUUUAAAAACAUAUAUUUUUUUCUAUUAUUCUGAAAAGACCUGAUUUCUUACAAAAAUAAUGCAUGACUUACAGUCUACCAAGCAUCUAAACUGAAUCUAAUGUGAUUUUUAAUACUUUUUGUACAACAGACUUUAUGUGCAACUACUGCUGCAAUAAAAGCUCUACACAUACAAAAA